AAAAGCUCGACGUGUUAGUGAACCCCAAAGACAAGUAACAACAACGCUGUCUGACCAAAAUCAAAUGAACUUAAACGAACAUGUCUUAGCAGUACUUGCAAAAUGCAAUCACCUCAACCAUCUCAAGCAACUCCAAGCCUUUCUCAUCACCCUAGGCCAUAACCAAACCCAGUUCUACGCCUUCAAGCUGGUCCGCUUCUGCGCUCUUUCUCUUGCCAACAUUCCUUACGCUCGCGUCAUCUUCGAUCAUCUCCACUCUCCCAAUGUCUAUCUUUAUACUGCCAUGAUUACUGCAUAUGCUUCUCGGCCCGACCACGAGUCCGCCUUUGCCUUGUACCGCAAUAUGGUUCGUAGAAGACGCCCUCAGCCCAACCAUUUUGUCUAUCCGCACGUCCUGAAAGCUUGUCCCCAGGCUUUGGAGCCUCAUGCAACUAAAAUGGUGCAUACCCAGAUUUUAAAAUCAGGUUUUGGUCAAUACCCGGUUGUGGAAACGGCUCUUGUUGAUUCAUACUCGAGGUUUUGUUCGGAUAAUAGAAGCGCGAGACAGGUGUUUGAUGAAAUGUAUGAGAAAAAUGUUGUGUCAUGGACGGCUAUGAUUUCUGGGUAUACUCGACUUGGGGAGAUUGGUAAUGCUGUAUCGUUGUUUGAAAAAAUGCCGGAUAGAGAUGUUCCGGCUUGGAAUGCCGUUAUUUCAGGGUGCACUCAAAACGGUUUGUUCUCUGAAGCAGUUUCACUCUUCAGAAGAAUGGUCAAUCUUUCACAGGAGGGGCAGCAUCAAGGUAUUAGGCCGAAUCAGGUUACAGUUGUUUGUGCGCUCUCAGCUUGUGGCCACACUGGCAUGCUCCAGCUUGGUAAAUGGAUUCAUGGUUAUGUUUACAAAAAUAGGGUUGAUCAAGAUACAUUUAUCUCAAACGCUCUAGUAGAUAUGUAUGGGAAAUGUGGGAACUUGAAAAAAGCAAGAAGGGUUUUUGACAUGACUCCCAAGAAAAGCUUGACCUCGUGGAAUUCCAUGAUCAAUUCUUUUGCUCUCCAUGGCCAAAGCGAGAGUGCAAUCAGCACAUUUGAGGAGAUGAUGCAAUGUGCAGAUGGUAUGAAACCUGAUGAGGUUACAUUUGUUGGUUUGUUGAAUGCUUGUACUCAUGGAGGAUUGGUAGAAAAAGGUCUUUCUUAUUUUGAGAUGAUGACUAAUGGUUGUAGAAUUGAACCCAAAAUUGAACACUAUGGGUGCUUGAUAGACCUUCUUGGUCGGGCAGGUCAAUUUGAAGAGGCCUUGGAAGUUGUGAGGGGAAUGAGUAUGGAACCUGAUGAGGUUGUUUGGGGUUCUUUGCUUAAUGGAUGUAAGAUUCAUGGUCGUUCUGAUUUGGCAGAAUUCACAGUCAGAAAAUUGAUUGAGAUUGAUCCAAACAAUGGUAGUUAUGGCAUAAUGCUGGCGAAUAUACAUGGGGAGUUGGGGAAGUGGGAUGAGGUACGGAAGGUGAGGAAGAUGUUGAAGGAGCAGAAUGCCUAUAAAACUCCCGGUUGCAGUUGGAUUGAGGUUGACAACCAAGUUUAUCAGUUUUAUUCUGCUGAUAAAUCACAUUACAGAACAGAAGAGAUAUACAAAAUCUUGGAAAGUAUGAUCUGUUUUGUUAGUUUGAAGUGAAAGUCAGGCAAGAAUUCUCUAUUUUUUUCCCUUUGCCACAAAAAAAUUAAACAGAGGAGACGAGAGUGGGAGAAAGGAAAUUAUUCGGAUAAAGGUGCAUGUAAUCUCUGGAUCACAAUCACCCGGUUCUGAGAAGGGAAACCCUGGUGGAUGUUGAUUGGAGUUUGUUGGUGAUUUUGCCCUCUUUCUUAAUUCAUUGGAGGGUCAUAAAUACCCUGGCAUACUCAUUAUCAUUUCAUUAUCUAAUUUUAGUUUUUUGACCUUCAAGAAAGUUUUUAGUUCACACAAAGCUAGGCUAGCUUCAGGUUCUUCUCAAAAUGCACUUCAUAUUCAUGUGAUUUGGUUGUCCUCCUUCCAAAAACAGGCUGAAAAACUGGGGUCUAAAGAUGAGAGUUGAAGUUGGGUUUCUUUAGAGUUUGUUGAGUGCAUUAUUCACCUUCCGGGAUAAUAUAAUGGGGAAAGGUGGCCGUAUAUGGUGGACAAGUAAAAUCUUGGAGUGCACUAAAGAGUUCCACCAAGCUCUAAGUUGCACGCGCCUAUGGCUCCUAUUAAUGUAAGUUCCCCUUUCCCCAUCCUAAUCAACAUAUUUUUAUGUGGAUUUUGCAUGCUUGUUCAUUAUGUUAUUUUGUCACUGAUCUUGUAUUCAAGUCUACUUUCUUGUUACUUUGUCUGCACUGAUUGACAUAAAUUAUUCAUGAUAAUUCUUUUCAUGAGUAAACUUCUAUUCAUAAAAAUGUAAAAGGGUCACCGGAAGUACACAUUUCCAUAUGAUAAAUUAAAUAUCUUUAUGCUUUAUUAGGAAAAAGAAAAAC